AUGGCAAAGAAGAAGAAGAUCGAAGAUGUCAAAGAGGAGCCCAGCAACGCCAAGGGUAAGAAGAAUGGUGGCAAAAACAAACGUGAACCACUUAGUGAAGAAGAGAAGAAAAAAAGACAACAAUCGCGUGCCAAUGUUACAAGUUCUGUUAGCUGGACUGGUAAACUACCGCACAGUGUUUUGCAUGAGUACUGCCAGAAGCAAAAGUGGAAUAAAGUUGAAUAUGAUAUGAAGAAGUUGGGUGAACGGGGCCUUGUUGCUGUUGCAAUAUUGUCUUAUACUGACCCCAAAACGAAGGAAACACUUAAAUUGAGGGCGAAUUUGGAAAAGAAAGACUUAGUUCCUCCACAAGAGACAGCCGCGGAAGCUCGUCAUUACGCAGCAACUGUAGCAUUGCAUCGGAUUGCGUUCAAUAGUAAGCUCUAUUUAAUGCUUCCUCCAAAUCAUAAGAACCUUUGGUAUGAUUUAGAAGACUAUCGGAAAGAACUGCUGAAGGAAAAUCCACAUAAAUGUAAUAGGAUUUUUGAUGAAAGUCCUUUUGAGUCAAUGAUUCGAUACAGAAAGGAGAAGGAAGAACAAGAUAAAAAAAGAGCGCUCCUAGAGGAAAAAGAGAAGAAGAAUAGUCAAGAGCCUGUCUUCAUUACUAGUAUAAACUCGAAAACAGAAGGCUCUUCUGGCAUGAAGAAACCUCAGAACAAUAGAAACCUCCAAGACGAGAAAGAAAAACCUGUCGUAAAAUUCCCAAAGAAAGUAUGGGAAAAUGCUACAUUUUUUGACUUUGAUGAGUCCUCUAGAAGACUAAUUGAAAACUCAUUGAAGACUCAUUUAGACUGGGAUAGAAAACUUUAUCAUGGGGAGCCCACGAGUGAACGUGAAAAUUUGAAACAUAAGCUAAUAUCUCUAGGCUUUAGAGCCACACAUGUAGAGGAAUCAAUGGCUUAUAAAAAUCCAUUGGCCUUUUUAAUUUGUAAUUUGCCAGAGGAUGAUUUACCAAACUUUUUCAAAAGACGUAAAGAAGAAUCACUGAACAAAAUUGAGGUUGCUAAACUUCCCUUGAACAAGAGGAAUAUGAUUGAUAAUUUAUGCGAACUAGGAAAUUCAAAGGAAGAAGUGCAACUUGCAUUGGAGGAAUGUGAUUACAAUGAAUCAGAUGCAUGCCUAAAACUCUUACAAGAUAUUUAUCCUUUUUCCAUACCAGAAGACUCAAUGGAUGAUACUGAUGAUAACUCAGAUGAAAUAUGGCAACAAGAGCUUGAAGCUUUACAAAGCAGUUUCGAAUCUGAUAUAGAGAUUAUAAACAGUAACUGCUAUACAGUUAAGCUUGUCGAGGAGUUUAAGAUCAAGGUUAAAUUGUACAAAACAAAGUAUUAUCCCAGAACACCACCGGGUAUUAUUGUGUCGACGUUUGAGAAGAAUUAUAAACUUCCAAGUUAUGUGAAACUUAUUAUUAUUGAAAAGCUUUUACAUUUCUUAGAACAAUCACAACUAAUUGGCGAUAUGUGUGCCUACAGCAUCAUAGAUUGGCUACAGCAAAAUCUAUCCAGUAUCAUCGAAAACCCUGGUCCUUUAUUAACAAAAGAACGUCAUGAAAGAUCAUUAGAACAUGUUCCUAAAGAUUCUAGUAGAAAUAAGGGCAAAUACAACUCUAAGCGUAAACCACUUACAGAGGAAGAAAUUGACGUCUUGAAAAAGGAAUAUUCAAAAAGACAAAAAAGUUCGGAAUUGAACACAAUGAAAUCUCAACGAGCCAGUUUACCAGCUUGGAAAUUACAAGACCAAAUAGUAGACCUAAUUAAUUCUAAUGACGUGGUGCUUAUUACCGGUGAAACUGGUUCUGGUAAAUCUACCCAAGUUGUUCAGUUCUUGUUGGAUCAUCUAAUGCAUAAGGGGGAUUUCGGGAAUACAUCUAUCAUAUGUACUCAACCAAGAAGAAUUUCUGCUAUUGGUUUGGCUGAGAGAGUCUCUCAAGAAAGAUGUGUGUCAUGUGGUGAUGAAGUUGGUUACAUCAUCAGAGGUGUAAACAUGACUAAGAAUAACACUAGAAUCAAGUUUAUGACAACAGGUGUUCUUGUUCGUAUCUUACAAGGUGAUACAACAUUUUUGAAUGACACCAUUGUUGUUAUCGAUGAAGUUCAUGAAAGGUCGAUCGACACAGAUUUAAUCAUCAUCUUAUUGAAAAACAUUUUAAAAAGCGUAAAAGGUAUGAAACUUGUAUUAAUGAGUGCUACUGUUAACGUCGAAGUUUUCAAAACUUUCUUCAAAGGUUUGAAAUCCAUUCAUAUUGAGGGAAGAACCUUCCCUAUUAAGGACUAUUUCCUAGAUGACAUUCUAGUGGAUCUUAACUUUAAAAUACGCAAAGAGCAACGUAACUAUAAUAACAUGGAUUCCAAUGAUGAAGAACAGUACCUUACUCCUACAGCAGACUCUAAAUUCUUUACUUCAGGUCAAAUAAAUUACGAUUUGAUUUCUGAAACUGUUUUUCAUGUACACCGAAGAUUAUUAAGUGAAAAUAAUGAUGGUUCUAUUAUAGUAUUUCUCCCUGGUGUAGGGGAGGUGAAUCGUUGUUGUAAAUUGCUAGAAAAGGUUGAUAAUAACUCAGAUCUAGUAGUGUUGCCGUUACAUUCGGCCCUUGUUCCAUCAGACCAGAAAAAGGUAUUUAAAAGAUUCCCAUCCAAAAGAAAGAUCAUUGUAUCUACAAAUAUCGCUGAAACCUCUAUUACUGUCGAUGACUGUGUUGCAACAAUCGAUACUGGCCGUGUAAAAUCAUUAAAAUACGACUCGUCGAGUAACACAUCAAAAUUGAUCGAAACAUUUGUCUCGAAAGCAGAAGCUAAACAAAGAAGAGGUCGUGCUGGUAGAGUGAGAAAUGGUUAUUCAUACAAGCUUUUCUCAAAGAAGGUAUAUGAAAAAAUGGAUGACCUUCCAACUCCAGAGAUUAAGCGUGUAGGAUUGGAAUCUUUAUACUUAUCGGUAAGGUCCAUGGGAAUUAAGAAUGUUACAAAAUUCUUACAAAAAGGUUUGGAUCCUCCUCCACUUUCGGCGCUACAAAAGGCAGAACAAAUGCUCACCACUACGGGUUUAGUCGAUGAGUCGGAUAAGUCUCUAACAGAACUUGGUAAGUUUGUUAGUCUAUUACCCGUAAUGGAUAGCAAACAUGGUAAGCUAUUAAUAUAUUCUAUCAUCUUUGGAUGCACUGAUAUCGGUGUACUUAUUGCUUCUAUUUUAAGUGUCGGAACAUCAGUAUUCAUUAAUGAAUAUGAAAACAGAAAUGCCAUACGUUCCAUACUUUCAGAAUAUGAGAAGCUCGGCGAUGUUUUGGCCGUAACUCUCUUAUUGAACAAAUACUUUCAUCUAGAUGGCCCUAAUAGACGGAAAUUCUUGAAGGACAACUUACUUUCAUACAAUAAAGUGACUGAAAUCUCAUCUUCAAGGACUCAAUUCUAUUCCAACUUGAAAGACAUAGGAUUUUUACCAUUUGACUACAAACCUGAUAGUUCUACGUCUAAUUAUUUGAAUAGAAACAGCAAAAAUCUGGAUAUUAUUAAGUGUGUUAUUUCAGGUUCAUUCUAUCCAAAUAUUGCUCGGGUACAAUUACCAGAAACAAAGUUUGUUGCAACCGGUGUGGGUGCUGUGGAAAAAGAUCAAGAUGCCAAAUUAACCAAGUAUUGGAUUAGAAAUGAAGAAUUCAUCGACAAACUCUAUAACGAAGAAUAUGAUCCAGACUCAGAUAUAUUACCAGCAAGCAGAGCCUUCGUUCAUCCAUCAUCCUUGAUAUUUUCGGCUAGUAACUCUGCUCCAAAAGAUAUCCAGAGUACAGACUCAGUUGAGGACCUUUCAUCCAUUAAAAAGAGCCAAUCAACGAAUUCGCUAAAGGCGCCUUUCGUUGUCUUUACUGGAACUCAACAUACAGGAAAAUUAUAUAUAAAAGGGCUUACACCAACAUCGACGAUUGCAGUCUUACUAUUUGGUGGGUCAUUAUCGUACAAUCUCAGUACUUCUUUGAAUUCACCUCAUGUUGUCGUUGAUAAUUGGUCACCACUACGGAUAUGGUGCAAGAACGGUAUUCUAAUAAAGGAAUUAAGAUCAUUGAUUGAUGAAGUUAUCAAGGAGAAACUAGAUAAUCCUCACUAUAUCAAGGAAGACUAUUCGACUAAGGGCGAUGAUGUUCUCAAAAUUGUUGAGAAAAUCGUUAAAACCAAUUAA